CGGAUUAGACCGGAAUCUGUGUCGUGCAGUCCAGUGUUUUGAAACGAAGGAAAUGGUCAGGUGGAAAGCGCAUCGAAAUUAAAAAGUGUCCCUUCUAAUAGCGCUUUUCUUCUGAAUUAUGACACACAGCUGUUGAAAAUAUUAAUUUCGAGAUUGUUUAAACUUGAUCGAAGUUGUAAACAAUGGAAGCGCUUUGGACCAAGAAAAUCGAAGACCCUCUUUCAUUGAUGGGUUUCAUCAUUCCACCAUCAAGGUUACUGUCUGCAGCCAUGUGGCAGGUGACUGAACAGAGACAGGUAAAGCACUAUGGGAUGCUGGAGGAGUUUGUAACCAUGGUGACAGAGACUCUGCCAGAGCUUCUGAAUUACAAUCAAAGAACUCAGCUGAUAUUUGGCUUAAGAGCAAGGCGUCUUUUGGAGUUGUGUCGUGGUAAAUAUCAGGUUGACCUGGAAGAUAUUCAGCCUCACCUGGAUCGAAUCCAUGCUCCUCGUGUCAUCAGUGCAAUCAAUGAGGUGGUUGAUGAAGACAUGGAGGAAUCUGAGGCCUGUUUCUUGGACCUCAUUCGGACCCUUAUCAGCAACCCUGAAGAGAGAGAGAAUUUCUUCCAGAACAUUUUCCCAGAAGAAUACGGCCCCAAGUUUGACAAAAACCUACAGACACUUACGGAAGACUUCCUCUUGCAGUUUGAUCGGAUGAUGUCAGUCCCAGACCUUUCACAGACCAUCUCUUGGCUCAGGACCUGCCCGUCGCUUUUGGAGCAAUGCCUUCAUUCAGUUUCGGUCCCAAAGCAGAUGAAGACUCUUCUUGAACAUCACAGAGCUAAUGGAAAUCUUCAGGACAAUGAGUAUGUUCACUCUGCUUAUAACAGCUGUACAUUUUCAUCUCAGUCUCUCCCUCCACUGGUUCGAGCCGUCAUUUCCAGCGAUCACACAGAAUCUGGUGACCCGUCUGAAUCAGUAGACGAUUUAGAUGGUCAAGACAAAGAUGAACGCCACACUUCAAAAAACGUGUCUGAUCCCGAUACGCUCGCCUGGAUGGCUAAACAGAGAAAAUUCAAAGUAGAGAUAGAGGAGAGAGAGGAUGAAGAGGAUGAUGAUGAUCAGAACUGGCCAAUCACAGGUGCCGGAUCUAGUAGAAAGAUUAACGGUUACGUUGAUAGCUCUCUUGGUGAAGAGCUGAAUCAGACACACACCAAAAAAACCUCCAAAAAAUCCUUUAAAAGGAAAAGAGACGACAGUGCAGACGUGUCCAGAGAGUUCACAUUUAUUGAUCAUUUGGGUGCAUACACAGAAGAGUCUUCCUACCAGACCUCUGAUGCUUCAAAAGUCCCUUGGUCAGAGGAGGAAACUCUCUGCCUCAUCGAAAUAUGGGGAAAAGACGGCGUCCAGCGGAGUCUAAAAGACUGUGCUCGCAACCGACACAUAUUCAACCUCAUCUCUAAGAAGAUGUUCGAGAGAGGCUUUACCAGAACAGCAGAGCAGUGUCACACCAGGAUAAAACGCCUGAAAAUGAGCUAUCGACAAUGCCAUGAAAACAUUGUGAAAGGAGAGAAACCGGAAUGGAAGUUCUAUAAUGUGCUGGAGAAAAUUCUGUGCCGUAAAGAAUCUACAGAACAGGAAGACACUAUUACUGACGUCAGCAUUCCAGAAGAAUCCUCAGGACAGCAGGCAGAAGACAUUGAUUGGGAUGUUCUCGGUCACGUCGGACUAGAGGGCACCAGGAAUAUCCCAUGGACAGACCAGGAGACGCAAACCCUCAUCAGGAUCUGGGGAGAGGACAAAACCCAGCGAGAGCUGAGAGGGGUUCUCCAAAACGGACACAUCUUUGCCAUGAUCUCAAAAAAGAUGGCCGCUCAUAGUUACAUCCGAACAGCAGAGCAGUGUCAAAGUAGAGUGAAAAGACUGAAGCUGUGCUUCAAACAGUCUUACGAGAGUAAACACACUGAGGGCAAAGAACAUGUAGAAUUUAAAUUCUAUAAACAUAUGGAAAGAAUUAUGGCUAAUGAAGAGCCAUGCUCAUCACAGAUCAAAGAGGAGGACUCAACGGACAUUGAAUAUCAGGUGUACAAGUACCAGAAAAUAGAAACAGCAAUGAACUGCAUGGACGAUAGAAAGAAGGUCGCAUGGUCCGAUGCCGAGACAGUGAUUCUCCUCCAGUUAUGGGGCAAUGAGCAAGUCCAGCAGAACCUUCAACGCUGCCCUCACAAUGGACACAUCUACUCUGAGAUCUCAGAGAAACUGAAUGCCCACGGAUACCUGCGCUCCGCUGAGCAGUGCCACACCAGAAUCAAACGACUCAAAAUCAGCUACAGGCAGUGCAGGGACAGCUUGAGUUCACCUGAAGCUGAACGUGUAGAAUUCAAGUUCUAUGAUCUGAUGGAAGAUAUUUUUCGAAGGAAUGCUUCCUCCAAAGUGUCAGGAGAUAACGAACCCAACAAUAGCAUAAAAUCAGGCCAUCCAAGAUGUUGA